UUCACUGCAUACCACUGCAACUAAGAAGAAUGGGUUGUGUUGCAUGCACUCUUUCCAUUACUUUCUUGCUUGCACUAUUCUUCGUGGCUGAAGUCUCUGGAAGCAUGAAUGUCAGAUCAUACCAACCGGCUGGCGCAGAAGAGUAUGUUUCCUUAGCAGACUGCCCAGCGAAAUGCGAGAUCCGUUGUUCAGCUACAUCACACAAGAAACCAUGCAAUUUCUUUUGUAACUACUGCUGUCAAAGGUGCCUGUGUGUUCCUUCUGGCACAGAGGGCAACAAGGAAGAAUGCCCAUGCUACAACAACUUGAAGACCCAGGAAGGCAAGCCUAAAUGCCCCUGAUCUGCUUGCAAGCCGUGUGUCUCCAUGUACCAUCCGGUGCGUAAUCACCUCCACAUUUUACAACCUAUAGUUGUAACCAACAAAGUAUUUUGUUAUUGAUAAUAAAGUUGAUGAGUUUCAAUACAAGAUUUGUGUAAUUGUUGUGGCCAAGACAUGAGAAAGGAUAAAGUGUCUUCAUGAA